AUGCUGCGGGCCAAUAUAACCAAGAUUAACAGGUCGAGUCUUCAGACUUUGGGUGCUCGCCCUCUGACCCGUCAACCACCUAUCAACCACGUCAGAACAGUCAUGUACAAGCAUGAUAGUCCCGACCACACAACAUCAACGUUGGUAAUGACACCAAAAACUUGGGGCAUGAUUGGCGGUUUACUCGCCGUCGCAGGAGGGUAUGGGUACAUGAUGGGAAAGCCAUACAAGGUUAUUGGAAGCGAGCACAGCCCCGCAUCUAUCCAAGAGAAGACGUCACAAAAUAUGAAGAAACCAUGA